AUGGCAUCCGCCUCGAGUAACAUGCGGCAUUCCAGAAGAAGUACCAUGGUCAGUGCGAAUGUUCCGUCUACAGAACGGACAUCGAAGCGCACUACAAAUGUACCCGUUUCCGAGCACCGAAGAACACAAUUACGACUGGCACAGCAAGCCUAUCGCUACCGCAAGGAGACAGUAACCCAGUCCUUGAAGAAUCAAGUUGAACGUCUGCAGACACAGAUUCAAAACCUACGUCGGACGUUCCAAGCAUACAACCAUGAAAUAGAAAGAUCCGGCGUGCUAUCCUUUGAUUCUACUCUCGAAGGAAAUCUGCAACAAUUACGAAAGCACUUUCUUGCAAUUUGUGCCGCUGCGAGACCUGGUAAAGAGGACGGCAGUGCAUUUGAGACGAAUGAAAUUGUGUCAACUAUGACCCUAGCGAGGAAACAAGGGGAGCACUCACAGCAGAUAGAAGAUGACCUUGAGUCAGCCACAUCAAGGCUAGUCAAUGGUGGCCUCCAUCUAGCUCAUCCGAGGUCGUCUUUUAACAGGGCCGACCGCGAAGAAAACAACCCACGAGGCAAAACAUUAGCCCAAAAUUAUUCAUCCUUACCAACACCUGCCCUGGAAACUGUCAACCAUUCAGAGCCAGUGCCAUACGCUGUAGAUGACAGCGCACUCAAUAUUCCUUGCCCUUCGCAUCUCUUUUAUUCUUCCACUUCCCCCUUCCGCGAGACUUCUUUUGAACGCCGGUUGCAUCGAGCCUGUUUGAACAAUGGAUAUCACUUGUUGGUAGAUCCAACCACCGAUCCAGACAAUGUAAACAGGGUGUUCAGGCUCCCAUUGACUCUGUCAACCCGAGAUUCCAUAAUUCAACAGGUAAAAGGUCUUCUUGAAGGUGGCUUAGAUGAAGCCCCAGAGAUGUGGGAAAUGCCUUUCUUCUUGCUAGGCGGUGCGGGGACUCAUUAUCCUCGAAGGGAUCACACAGGAAGACCUAUCCUUCCUCCGAAUGCCUUGCCGGUGAGUAAAUUUAUCAGUGCUUUUGUGCAUGAAACAACAGCGCCACAACCCUUCCACAGCGACCAUGAUCUUCUGGCCGACCUUGGUCUCGAUGGUGAAUGGCUUGAUUCAUAUGACGUGGAAGGCUAUCUUAAGGAAAAGGGAAUCUUCUUGAGUGCGGAUACUACAUUCUGCAGAGUUCCUGCACGUGCAUUCUCAAUGGAGCUCCGGCCUUCUGACACAGUAGGUGCCAAUGCUCUGCAUGUCAUGGAAAUGGAUGAAUCAACCCAGGGACAUAUGUAUCCUCAUAAUGUAGAUCUUCUUGAACUACAGUCGAGAGGAUGGAGAUCAGAAAUACAGAUAUGA